UAUCGUAAGAAAAUUAUUUUCAAAGAAAACGCACGCUGUUUUUUUCUGUCAACGUCUCAAUGAUCAUUAUAUUUAGUUGCUAUCUUUUGCAAGUAACAUGUUAUGCCCAUUAUAACUUUUAUUUCUAUCGAUUUGUUGAAAGGAGUGACACAGUAGUUUUGGUGAAAAUUGCUACGCGCGAAUAUCAGGCAUCGAUGUAAAUUUAUGUGUUAAUCGACGUGAACUUAUCUAAAUACCGACGCAAUACUUUUAUGUUACGCAAACGAUGUUUGCGUGUUUAAAAUGGACGUUUAGAGGCAAAGAUAAAGCAAAUAAAUUCCUGCAGCAUUAAAAAAAAAUCGAUUUCCUGUAAAACACAAUCUCCGUGUCGUGUCGCUGUCCGCUCCAAUAAAUUUAUAAUAAAAUGGCACAUACGGAUUGCAAGAAGUACGUUACAUGUCCCAUGUGCAAAGGCGCAGGUAUGAACGUUCAGCCGAUUAUGAAAUAUUUUUUGCGUGCGUCAGUAUUUAUUUCGUGAUAAAAAAGAUAUCUUGGAAAAAAAAGGUAAGUCUGUUACAUGUACGGCGAUGGAAACAGCCUGCUUAUCUAUUCAGCAUGAGAAUGCAAAUUCCGUGCAAGUUGCAAAAACGCAAUUUGUCAAAGCGACACACUCCGGGGAUUCGGGGGACCUGCAUUUUUCCACGUUAUCUGACAGUAAACAUCCGAAAGAUGUUAGUCCUGCGAUGAACUAUGGCGAUUAUGCAUUCAUGCCGGAAGAUGAUUGUGCAGAAACACCGAAGGAAUUUACAAGUCCGCAAGAAACACUGAAACAUGCAAUGCAGAAUUUAAAACAGGAUCAAUGGCAGAGCAAUAUAUCGGCACUGACAAAGUUAAUACAUGUUUCGAGGAUUCAACCGGAAUUACUUGAUCCCAAUAUGCCUCGGAUAUACCGAACCCUGUGCAGUUUACUGCGAAACACAAGACCGAAUGUCGUAAGAACUGCCUGCCAGAUAGCGAUGGAAUUCUACAAAAUGAUCCAGUGUACACAAAGGCCCGAGGUCGACGAACUUGCGUCUAUCCUGCUUUUGAAGAGCACACAUACGAACAAGGGAAUCCGAAAUGAUGCUCAAUGCGCCUUGGACUCCAUGGUGGCGCAUUUACCUCCUGCAACCUGUAUACGAAUAUUGACUAGUGAACAUGGUGCUAGCCACAAGAAUCCAUUGAUAAGAGCAACCGUGAGUCGGCUGCUUUAUAAUAUUAUUAACAUUAUUGGAGUAGAAUAUUUAUUAUCAAAUCCAAAUCUCAGAGAUACCCGACGUAAGAUAUUCAUGAUGUGUGCCAAGUUUCUUCUCGAUGGUAAUAAUAGAAACAAGGAACGACGCAAAAAAGACAUUGAAAGCAAUGAUGAAUCAUCAGGAUUUCGAUACUCUAUUUUAUCAGGAUGUAGACUGGAAGAUUAUUAAUAAUGUAGAAAAGCAAUUAGUAUCUUUAAAGUAUAGCCAAAUUCAUAGCAUGUAAUAUUACUUGUCAUCGUUGUAAUUGAACAUAACUAAAAUGUGAUGAUCAUGAUAAUUAUUCAUUCCGUCUCAUUUCAUAAUAAUAAACUAUGUUAUCAAUUAUAAUAUUAACUUAGCAAUUAUUCUUGAUGCGAUUAAUAUAAUUAUUAAUUUACCAUUAGUAUUAAAUGAUAGAUUGUAAAGUAAUGAUGUCUAUAGAAAACGAUGUAUAAAAUUGAAUCAUUAAACUGAAAGUGAAGAAUGAAGUUACAUAAUACGAGUUCAGCGUACGAGCAAGUAAACGAGUCUGACAGCAA